UAGGUAUGCUUUACUCUUAUGUAUAAUUUCACGGGGCAAAUGGACCCUUUGUCCUAUUUUUAAUGGCUUCUCAACUAUCAAAAUUUCUUUCAUUAUGCUAAAAAAGAAACUCAAGAAAGAACUGCUUUCAUUUGUAGUAUGAGUGCGUGUAUGUAUCCUCCUGCUCUUGAGAACCUUACAAGCUAAUCAUUGAUCUCUUCUUCUUCUUCUUCUUCUUCUUCUUCUUCUGCUGGUUGGCAAUAUGAUGUUUUCUUGAGCUUCAGAGGUGAAGAUACCCGGAGGAAAAUCUAAGAAGUACUAAAUUGAUUAAUUCAUUAAGUUUGGUGAUUUAUUUUUCAAAAAGUUCUUCUUCUUAAAAAAAUUCAAAAUUAUCAUAUCUGUAACUUCUUUCAAUGCUUUUGCUCCAUCAAACACUUGCAUCAUCAUCAACCAUGCUGAUGAUGAGCUCCACUUUAUCAUAUUCCUCCUCUCCUCCGUCCCUUGGUCACUGGAAAACUCCUACUUGCCUACAGACCACCUCACCAAGUUUGUUAAGUAAAAGAAAAGCAUGGACCCUAAGAACACCAGUCAGUGUAUCAUCAUCGGAUAAUCAGACGGUCACCCCGUCGCCUGCAACCAAAGAUGAUGCGGCUGAUACACAGUUAGCGUCGGAUAUAGUGAGGAGAUUCUAUGAAGGAAUCAACGACCAUGAUCUUGCCUCCGUGGAGGACCUCAUUGCUGAAAAUUGUGUGUACGAAGACCUUAUCUUUCCCCAUCCUUUCGUUGGUCGCAAGGCAAUACUAGAGUUCUUUAAGAAGUUCAUUGAUUCCAUCAGCAAAGACCUCCAAUUUGUUAUUGAUGAUAUUUCUACUGAGGAUUCUUUAGCAGUUGGAGUUACAUGGCAUUUAGAAUGGAAGGGCAGGCCAUUCCCAUUUAGUAAAGGAUGCAGCUUUUAUCGACUGCAGGUCUUGAAUAGCAAAAAACAAAUAAUAUAUGGAAGGGACAGUGUUGAGCCUGCAAUCAAACCUGGAGAAGCAGCUUUGGUUAUCAUCAGGGGGUUAGCUUGGUUACUGCAACGGUUUCCUCAGCUAGCAGAUCAGCUGAAAUAAAGCACUGCAGGAUAACAAUACAACACUCUUUUUUUGGGUCCACUCAGAGGCAUAUGACAUUAACGAUCAGAAAGAUGAUGUUCAUAGAUUCACAUUCACCUGUAUAGUACAAGCCCUGGAAACACACAAUUUGAAAGAUAAAGGAAUUCCCCCUCCAAAUGAUUAUAUGCACUUUGUUAUGCAUACCAUAAAUAUAUAACACAUGCUGAAUUUUGUUC